AUGGAUUCGUCACGUUCUUUCAAGCGUUUGUUCGUCCAGUCACUCCUUCUCCUGGCUCCUGCGCUCGCUGCUGCGCAAGACUCCAAGGCCGCCGAGCUCCAGUCAUGCUUGACCGCUGCCGGAAUCGAGAAUGUCAUCGAAGGCGCUGACACUUGGACGGAUGCUACCGCUGUGUUCCAGAAGCGCCUCACUCCUGACCCCGCCGCCGUUGCCUUUCCGCAGGACCGGGACCAGCUGGCCGCUUCUCUGGGUUGUGCCAGGAACGCUUCUGUUAAGGUCUCUCAACUGGGCGGCAGCCAUUCCUUUGCAGGCUACGGUUUCGGCGACCCUGGUAACCUCGUGGUCAGCCUGGGUGCUUUCAACUCUGUCAGCUACGACGAGGCCAGCCAGGAAUUGACGUUCGGAGGUGGUACCAGAGUCGGGCCUGUUGCGACCUACUUGUGGGAGAACUAUGGCAGGCACUUUCCCCACGUCCGCUCAGGUCACGUCGGCCUCGUUGGUUCUUCCAUUGGUGGCGGCUUCGGCACGACAUCCCGCCAUUUGGGAACUCCCUUGGAUAAUCUUGUUGGCGUCGAGUACAUGCUCUACAACGGCACCGUCGUUAGCGGCCGCGAGGGUUCUGACCUGCUCUGGGCUGCGCAAGGUGCCGGCUCGUCAUACGGAAUCAUACUGUCCCUGACGACCAAGACCUGGCAGCCCGUUUACGACAAGGCCGUCAACUUCACCCUGUCCCUCGGCAACGUCAGCCUCGAUGUUGGCACCAAGGCUCUCAUCUCCAUCCAGGAGUACGCCAUCAACGACGCCCCCGACGAGCUUGCUCUCCGCUGGGGUCUCACAGCUCCCCCAUUCACCGGCACCGGCUACUUUUACGGCGACCCGGCCGAGUUCGACACUCUGAUCCAACCCCUCCUCGACCGUCUUCCCGCCGAAGCCUCCCUCACGAAGUCUGAGUUCGAUUUCUGGACCAUGGAGCAGUUCGUGGCUGGCGGCAUCGCAGCCCCCAACGGUGGCAGCCUCGGCGGCCGCGCCUUUUACACUCAGGCGCUGACCGUCACGACCGAUGCGCCGCUGACGUACGAUCUGGCCUACACGCUCUUCGAAAGCACCACCUUUGCCUUCAACCGCACCGAUCUCCGCAAGUCGGGCUUCCUCGACCUCUGGGGCGGUGUGUCGCGUGACAUCUCUGACACUGACACGUCCUACGCGCACGGCAAGAACCUCUGGCUCAUCCGUUGGGACGCCAACGCCGCCGACCCCACCAACUGGCCGGCCGACGGCGUCGAGUACCUCAAGAACCAGAUGCUUCCCUUUGAGGAGGAGCUCCAGGCCGCGGGCAUCGCGCUCCGCGGCUUCGCCAACUACCGCGACACCGCCCUGACCGAGCCCGAGUGGAGUGCGCGCCUGUACGGCGAGAACUACGCUAGGCUGAAGGAGAUCAAGGCCGCCGUCGACCCGGAGGGCCUGUUUACGUCGAACCCCCAGAGCAUUCCUCUGCCCUGA